UGGAGGCUCAACCAAUUUCAUAUGUUCGUUCAAAUUGGUACGCGUUACGCCAAUGUGUGUAGAAGUGCGUGAUGUAGCUUAGUUUAUAUUUAUUACAGAUUUCGGAUAAAUUCCAAAAAACUAUUCUGAAUAUUUUUCGCCGCAUUUACCAGCAAUACGAAAAAUGCCAUCUAGAAUACUCAAAACGCCACUUCUAGUUAUACUAUUCACUGUGAUAUUUAUUAAAACUGCUUAUAACCAAAGAGGAGAUGAUGUGAAGACAUUUCAAAGGAUAAUUAAGGAUACAGCAACGGGUAAACACGGAAAUUUUGUUAUCAAGUACCCUCAGAGAAAAAGUAGUUUAAGAGUUCAACCGUAUUUUCCAAAAUCGAUCCCGUUUCCUUGUGUCAAUAUAACUGAAAACGGUUUCGGGCGUUCCCCGACCGUACCUACAAGCAUUCAUAAACUUAGACCUGGUGAUAUUGAUAUCAUAGGAGCGUUGGGCGAUUCACUGGUAGCUGGUAAUGGAGCUUUGGAGGAAUAUGCAUUUGGUACUAUAAUUGAGCAUAGAGGUGUCUCUUGGUGUGCAGGUGGUGAAGGGACGUGGAGGGAAUUUCUAACCCUUCCAAACAUUCUAAAGGAAUUCAAUCCUAACCUUAAAGGUUUCUCUUUAGGCGAAGGAGAAUUUUUAAGUUCAAACUCGAAGCUAAACGUAGCUUUUCCUGUGGCUGCCGAUGCCGAUGCUUUACGGCAAGCAAAAAUUCUAGUCAAAAAAAUUCGAGAUAAUCCCGAUAUGGAUAUAAAUAACAAUUGGAAGAUGGUGACUAUAUUUUUCGGUGCGAACGAUCUUUGUUCUGCUCAGUGUUAUGACAAAGAAGCUGCGACAGCUGCUAGUCAUGUUAGGAAGUUAGAGAGAGCCUUGGAUUACUUACAAAAUAAUUUACCAAGAACUUUUGUUAACUUGAUACCUGUAUUAGAUGUUUCAGUUAGUCUGAGAAUAAAGAGAACGCUGAGCUGCAGAUUUCUUCACAGGCUGUUUUGUGAAUGCUUCCAUCGUGGUGGAGACGAAUUUAAUGUGAUAACGUCUCUAACGAAAGCUUAUCAACAAGCUGAAGAAGUCUUAAUAUCUAGUGGAAAGUACGACAAAAAAUCGGAUUUCACAGUAGUAUUGCAGCCUUUUAUGAAACUUUUCAAUGCUCCUGAAGAUCCUAGUCAUCGAUUUGAUGAAGUUAUUGAUAUUUCGUAUAUCACUCAUGAUUGUUUUCACUUUUCUCAAAAAGGACAUGCUUUAGCUGCCAAUAUGUUAUGGAAUAAUCUUUUAGAACCAGUUGGUAAUAAGAGUUCAAAGAAGCUAGAAUAUAUUUUACAAAAAUUCAGGUGUCCACAAAUUAAGGCGCCAUACAUUUUUACGAAAUUAAAUUCAAAAAAUUUUUUAGAAACUGGACGACAAUAAAACUUUUCUUACAAAA